AUGGCUGAUUAUGACGCUGGAAAAUGGCGUGAAGCAUGGCAUCUUAGCAGCGCUAAACUUGGCAUAGCGCUCGCCGUUAUAAAGAGCAAGCCUGCGGGGAAGAGCGGACGGCAACACGCCGAAUAUUUGGCCGCUAAAGUAAAACAGCAGGAGGAAAACUGGAAAACGAAGGCAGAGGAGCUUCAAAAUGAAGUUUUAACUCUCAAGCAGGAGCUGAUGCUUAAUAAACUGCUGAGCAAGCAGCGAAAUGGCGCCGAGACAGCGCGGGGUGACGAGAUAGUAAAACUCUUCUCCCAGGAUCUCCCAGAGACCCAGCUUUCGGAAAACGACUCCGGUUGUGACACCCAGACCCUUUCCCUAACGCCCGAUCCUGCCGAUGCCGUCCUUUCCUCUACAGUUGUCCCCCCGUCUUCCCUCCAACCCAGUCAGGCGUCAUUCCACAGAGACACCCGGGACAGCGUACUCUCCAAACACAUGCGGUUUCUGCAGAACCUGUGCGCACUACGAGGGUCAGCGAAGAAUCCCCAGAUGGACGGAGGUGAUGCGGUACUAGAGGACACGGCACUGAACAUGAUUGAAUCUGUGGUUGAGGCCCACCGAGAAGCCGGGGGAGGAAGAUCAGGAGACGUUUCUCAGCUGGACAGCUUUGUCCAGGCUUCACGUCUGGUUGCUCAGGCGUUGGAGAGAGGAGUCAAUAGGCGGAAAGUUUUAGAGAAAGCGGAAGCGUUCCUAGAGGAGCUGCUCGAGGUUCUGCUCAACAACAGCCAGCUAAAUAAGUUUGUGGUGCAGGACAAUCUGACCCAGUGUCUGAUCUGUCUAGGAGGCGCUAGUGUGCUCAGACCUCUGCUAGUUCACCUCCUCCUGACCCGCAUCGCCCGCCUAGCGGAGCAGCUCUGGAGCGCCUGUCAGGAAGUGCCUGAGGGACAGCAGCCACAGCAGGUAGACUGGGUCAGGUAUGAGAACUCCUUUUACCUCUUUUGGAUUCUAGAGCAGCUCAUUCAAGCCAGGUCGUUUAGCACAGGGAGCGAGCACCACCAGCACCAAGUUUCCCAGUUGGAAAAACAUGUCCUCCCUCUAUCGGAUGAGUUUCCCCUGUUUGCUCUUUACAUGUGGAGAAUCAUGGGACUUCUUAAGCCUGCUUCCACCCCCGGGACCUGAGCUUCAAAGUAUUUCCUCCUGACUCCCGUCUU